UGUUAGCAGGCGGAUGAGCAGCAUGACGAGAAGUUGCAUACUGAAAUGCAAAAACCCAGGAGUCCCUCUCCACAGUUUUCCUAAGGAUCCCGAAAAGAAAGAAGUGUGGCUGGCAUUUGUCAAGAGAUAUAUCAAUAUUCCUGUGGAGAGAAAACAGUACCACAUAUGCAGCGCUCACUUUAAAAAGGAGCUGAUUGACCCGUCAGGGAGGCUAAGAGAUAAAGCUAUUCCCACAGUGUUUGAGACCUUUGCUGAUGUGAACAUGCCUAAAGAUAGCCGUGCCAGGCGGCAGAAGAUACGUGAGGCAAAGCGCCGUGCACGUGCAGCUGAAUCAGAGGAAGCACGAGCCGUACGGCUGUCAACCAACGCUGCACGCAUUGCUAAAAAGAGAGCAGAGGAAUCACCAGAGGAGCGAGCAGCGCGCCUGGCGAGCAAUGCUGCGCACAUUGCUAGAAAGAGGGCAGCAGAGCGCCGGGCACGUGAGAUGGAAGUUCACACGCUGAGCAGGACGGCACCGUAUCAGCAGGAGCGCAGGCCGAAAAGUCGACCGGUUCCCAACAGAGGUAAAGGGCGCAGGAAACAACAGAGAAGAAGCACAUAUGUGGCAUCAGAGGUGUGCAGGCUCCAGCACAGUUUUGAUGAGAUGGAGGUCACCAUUGAAGACGAUGAAUGCAUCAGCGUGAAGAACAGACUAUCUGAUGUGGAUAACGAUGUGAAAAUCGUUGUAGAAAGAAGUGAGCUAAGUGCUCCAGGAGUUGAUGACAGCUGUGAUGAAGACAUCUACAUACCAAUAAUUCGCCAGAGGUCAAAAAUGUCUGAACUUUUACUGGAAUGUGAAGAAGAGGAGCUGGAGCCCUGGCAGAAACACACUUUACAUGUUCACUUGAAACAAGAGGAUGAUCAGAGGUGAUGAUCAAACAGAUUGUAAUCAAGAUCUUUUAUCUCUCGUGCUGGUCAGCACACACUGACACCUGAGGCCUGUUGUGUGCCCAGAUUUCUGAGCAUCAAGUCAACCAUGUUUCCUCAUCCAGUGUCCAUAUCCAAGAAAUAGGUGCAACAUCAUCAAAUAAACUUCACCCAGUCCAGCCCAACUCACAGACCUUCUCUGAACCUUUAGUAUAGUAACAGUUAUGAAAGGUCAAUUCACAAGUUGUUUGAAUAACAUGCAAUUUGUUGUCCAACAUAAAUGUGCCAUAUCCAAAUGAAGAGCAUGCUGAUUAUUUGCACAUCUAAGUGACAGCUGGGGGGAACACUAACCCCUGUUACUUUAUUCUUAAGUUCAAAUAAAUUAAAAACUCAAUUUAGUUAAAACGUUGUUACUGACCUUUGAAUUACAUUCCGUGUUGAAGUUACUGGUUCUAAUGUAUUAUUAUGUACAGAAAAAUAAAUUCUUAAAUAAGUUAAAA